AUGAGCUUUGGUAAUGAUGCGAGAACUAGGUGGAAAGAAUUAGUGGAACUAAAAGCUUAUUGUGAUUUCUAUGCUGCUCAAGUCCUUGAUGGCAAGAGGAAUGGAGGAUUUUUGAGAAGGGAAGGGGUUGAUGCAGUGAUUAAGCAAUUGGGUGAAUUGGGAAAAGUGGUGACUCACAUACAGUUUAAAAACAAAUGGGAUCAUCUGAGAAAACAGUGGAAGGCUUGGAAGGAGUGUUUUGAGCGUGAGACUGGGUUGGGUUAUGAUUCUGUAACUGGGAAACUUGAGGCCAGCACGGUUGCAAUGGGAAAAAAUGCAUUCUGCAUGAGUAAUGAAAUACCAAAGGAAAGCAUCGAAGGGUCUGGGGACUUUGCUAAUAGCAAAGAAUUUGUUGACCUCCAAUGUCAACCCUCUGCGAAUGUUGACCCAAUGGAGGUUAAAGGCCCAUCAUCGUCAAGGGCAGGACCGGCAGUGAAUAAAAGAAAAGGCUUGAACAUCUCAGAUGUUAUUGUUAAAAGUAGAAGUGUAAGUACUCAUACAUCAUUUGCUUCCACAGCAACUACUGAGGUUCAAGCAAUUUUGGACAUGGUGUUGAGUCUUCCUGGGGUGCAAUCGGGUGAUCGCCUUCAUCUAUUCAGCACUUGCUUCUUCAUGGGAAACCCAGAGGGUAGGAUCAUGUUUGCAGCACUUGUUCAUCAAAAGGAGGUCUAG